GAGAUCUCUGUUGUGCUUGCCUUCUCAUUGGCUGCACAUUUCUCCACUUCUCUUCUCUUCUCUUCUCUUCUCUCCUCCACCUUCACGGCUUCGCCGGCACCGGCCACCUUUUCUCCGGUGACUUUUGGGUUAAUAAAGAAGAGAAAGGAAGGGAGAGUAGUAUAGUCCCUUCAAUUCUGUGUCGUGUUGCAGUUUGUUGUUUUGUUGUCUGGGGAAUUUGGUAACAGAUUCUCUCUUUCAGUGGUUUAUAUCGUUUUCUAUCUUAUCUUCUUUGCUGGCUGGGUGGUUCAUUGCUUUUAUUAUUCACAUACUUUGUUCGAAAACAACAGGUGUUAAAGUAUAGGGCAUUCUAGAGUCUAGACCUCUUAAGAGUUUUCUGUGUCGUUGGAAAAUUAAUUAAUUCUCGGUUCUUCAAAAUUAUUUGAAUUUCUGUGAAUUAUUUUUUUCUUGUGUUUUGGAGUUGAAAAAAAACGAGGAAAAGUUGUGAUGGAUCAAACGCGAUAUCAGCAACAACAGCAGCAGAUGAGUUCAGGCUUGACGCGGUACCGGUCCGCGCCAAGUUCAUAUUUCGCAAGCUUUUUGAACAGUGAUGGUGGCGGCGGCGGCGGCGGCGGAGGUUAUGCCAGGGACGAUUUUGAUCAACUGCUAAAUGCUCAUAAUUCUAGCUCUGAUAUACAGCAAGCUUUCGGGAGGUUCAUGGACAGUCUAGAUUCCAAUUCGAAUAGGCCUGGGAAUCCUUCGAGCAAUUUGAAUGUGAAACAGGAAUCCGAUGCAUAUGAGCAGCCGAAGCAGCAGCAAUUGGCGGAGAGUGGUGGCGAUUAUGGCUCGGUUUCGCAGAUGAAUUACUCAGGACAAGCUCAACAGAGCCAUAAUUCAGGUGCUACUACUUCGGCCAUGGAGAAUUCGUAUGGGUUGAUGAAUUCCGCGAAUCCAGAUCGUUUUCGCAGCCCAGCGAAAAUGAAUACUGGCGUUGCUAAUUCAAAUCUCACCCGUUAUAACACUUCUCCGGCGGGCUUCUUUGCUCAAAUUGAUAUUGGAAACGAACAUGGUGCAAUGAGAGGCAUGGGGAGUUAUGGAGCUGGUAGUAAUGCUAAUGCAGAAGCGUCGUUUUCUUCUCCAAGCAGGUUUAAGAAUCAUACAGGUUUCUCAUCAUCAGGACAGCCCGCUUCCUCUUCAGGCGCAAUGGCGUCUAUAUCUGAAAUUGGAGAAGAGGGUGUGAAGGAAGAAACCAGUCCAAGGCAUGGAAGGUUUAGUGAAACUCAGAAAAAUGAUGAGUUCUCCAUGCCAUCUUGGGAAGAUUCAGACAUUUUGUCUGAUCUUUUCCUAAAUGUAUCAGAAGAAAAGCCAUUUUCAAAUUCAAAUGUAUCAGAUAUUCAGAAGAGCGAAGAUCAAUGUCGCCCUCCUGGCCUGCUGUCUCAUCACUUGAGUUUGCCCAAAAUUCCCGCCCAGUUAUCUGCCAUAAUGCAGGAUUCGGUGCCCUGUAAGGUCAGAGCAAAGAGGGGUUGUGCAACUCACCCACGGAGUAUCGCUGAGAGGGUUAGAAGAACCAAGAUAAGUGAGAGGAUGAGAAAGCUGCAAGAGCUCGUCCCAAACAUGGACAAGCAAACAAACACAGCAGAUAUGUUGGACUUAGCUGUUGAUUACAUCAAAGAUUUAGAGUCCCAAGUCCAGGUGUUAUCAGAAAACCGUGCAAAAUGUACAUGCUCAUCAAGUAAAUAGAAAGUCACAGACAUAGAGGACCAGGUAGGGCACACAUCUGCCAGUUAAUGGACACUGUCAAAAUUAUAUGAGAAUGGGGUAGCAUUUUGGUUGGUAAAAUUAGCAUAUAAAGACUAAACUGUAUAUAAAGCCAUUAAUCUGUAUUUUUUGGGUUGGCCUCUUUUUUUAACCAUAAAAGGGAAUACAAGGAGGAGGAGGGCUUUGAUAUCCAUAUCCUCCACCCUACCUUUCUGGAAAAAACUAAAUGUUCAGAUGUUUUUAUCCUUGAAGUAGAAGAUAAUGAGUGUUCUGUGCUUGCAA